AUCAACAGUCAUAACAAACAACUUCUAACCUGUUUAGAAACGAAAUCUCUCUCAUUGCAAAUCAAUAUAUGUAUAUAUUAUUACGCUACACAUUUACUAGUAUGUGUAAUCUACUACGGAGGGUAUAAAUUGCGCUGGCAAGUACUUGUGGGUCUCAGUUCGGAAUAAAAUUGGCCAUUGGUGACACCUCAGUCAUGGCUGUACUGGAAAUAUGUCUGGCCCUCCUCGGCAUCGGUCUAUUGAUCUACAAGUGGAGCACGUCCACCUUCAAAACCUUUGAGGAGCGGGGCCUGCCCUUCGAGAAACCUUACCCAUUUGUGGGCAACAUGGCUGGGUCGGCCCUGCAGAAGGCCUCCUUCCAGAAGCAGCUCAGCGAGUUCUACGAUCGCACUCGCCAGCACAAAAUUGUGGGUUUGUUUAACCUACGCACUCCCAUGAUCCAGCUGAAUGAUCCCGAUAUGAUUAAGAAGGUCUGCGUUAAGGACUUCGACUACUUCCCUAACCACCAGCUCUUCAUUACUACAAAAGAGCGCCUGAUAAACGACAUGCUCAGUGUCAUGAGAGAUCAGCGCUGGAAGCACAUGAGGAAUACUCUGACCCCGGUAUUCACGGCGGCCAAGAUGCGCAACAUGUUCACCCUGAUGAACGACAGUUUCGCCGAGUGCCUCCAGCACCUGGACACCGCAUCGGGAGCAGCUUCAGGAAAAAGUUUCGAGGUGGACAUGAAGGUGUUGUGCAACAAGCUUUCAAACGAUGUCAUCGCCACCACCGCUUUUGGGCUGAAGGUGAACUCGUUCGAUAAUCCGAACAAUGAGUUCUACGAGAUUGGUCAGUCCUUGGUCUUCUCCCGCGGAUUUCAGUUCUUGAAGUUUAUGUUCGCCUCACUCGUCCCAAAGAUUUUCACUAUGUUUAAACUGACCAUCUUUGAGGCCAACAAAGUCGAUUACUUCGUCCGCCUGGUGGUCGAGGCCAUAAAAUAUCGCGAGCAGCACAACAUCCAUCGACCCGACAUGAUCCAGCUGCUGAUGGAGUCCAAGAAAGAGUCCCAGGAUAACUGGUCGGACGACGAGAUCGUGGCCCAGUGCUUCAUAUUCUUCUUCGCCGCCUUCGAAAACAACUCAAACCUGGUCUGUACAACUGCCUACGAGUUGUUGCACAAUCCCGACAUCCAGGAGCGCCUCUAUGAGGAGGUGAAGGAGACCCAUGAGGCGCUGAAGGGCGAGUCCCUCAACUAUGACGCGGUGCAAAAGAUGGAAUAUAUGGACAUGAUCAUAUCUGAGUCCCUGCGCAAGUGGACCCUAGCCGCUGCCACCGACCGGCACUGCUCCAAAGACUACACCCUUACCGAUGAGGACGGCAACAAGGUCUUCGACUUCAAGGUGGGCGACCGCAUCAAUAUACCAAUCUCUGGUCUGCACAUGGAUGACAAGUACUUCCCCGAUCCCAAGAAGUUCGAUCCGGAGCGCUUCAGCGAGGAGCGAAAGGGUGACCUGGUUCCCUACACAUAUCUGCCCUUCGGAGUGGGUCCGCGCAACUGCAUAGGAAAUCGCUAUGCCUUGAUGCAGGUCAAGGGUAUGUUGUAUAACCUUCUGCUGAAAUACAAGAUCGAAGCUUCACCGAGAACUGAAAAAGAUCUUUGGGGAUCGGCUCGCGGCUUUAACUUUACCCCCCGAUCCGGAUUCUGGAUGCAGUUCGUUCCCAGAAAAUAAGUUGAUAUUAAAAUACUUUUGUUGUGAAUUAAAGAAUAACAAUACA